CGGAUAGCAACACUGUGCUUUUAAAUUAAAUGUGAUUUUUUAGGUUAUUUACACAAAUAGUUCAUUUUUGUAUUUAAUUUUAAUAUUGUUAUUCGGAAUCUCUGUAUUUUACAAUGGCUAAAGUCAGUGAAGGAGCACUUCUAGGAAUAGGCAAUCCCCUUUUAGAUAUAUCUGCUGUUGUUGAUGAGGCGUUACUGACUAAAUAUGGUUUGAAACCAGAUGAUGCCAUAUUAGCUGAAGAAAAGCAUAUGCCAUUAUAUAAAGAAUUAGUUGACAAAUAUAAAUCGGAGUUUAUUGCUGGAGGUAGUGCUCAAAAUGCUGUACGGGUUGCCCAAUGGAUUUUACAAGUACCUAAUGUAGCAUCAUAUUUUGGUUGUGUGGGAAAUGAUGAAAAUGCAAAAAUUUUAGAAGCUAAGGCGAGGUCAGAUGGUGUAAAUGUUUUUUACCAAGUUACUGAUAAAGAACCAACUGGAACUUGCGCAGUUUUAAUUACUGGUGCUAACAGGUCUUUAGUAGCUAAUUUAGCAGCAGCUAAUUGUACUACUAUUGAUCAUAUUCAAAAACCAGAAAACAAGGAAGUCAUAGAAAAAUCCAAAAUUGUUUAUAUUUCGGGUUACUUUUUGACAGUUAACCCUGAGAUAAUACAAACACUCGCAGAACACUGCUUGACUACAAAUAAAAUGUUUGUGAUGAAUCUCAGUGCUCCAUUUUUAUGCCAAUUUUUCAAAGAGCCACUUAUGAAUGCAAUGCCAUAUGUUGAUGUUUUGUUUGGAAAUGAAACUGAAGCCCUAACAUUUGCAAAGGAGCAAAACCUCGGCACAGAGAACUUAAAAGAAAUUGCUCAAAAAAUAAGUAAACUACCAAAGAAAAAUAUUAGGCGUCCACGUGUCGUUGUGAUUAGUCAAGGCAAGGACCCUGUCUUGUUUGCUGAUGGUCAAGGCGAAGUGAAAGAAUAUCCUGUUCAACAACUUGAUCCAAAACAGAUUAUUGAUACUAAUGGGGCUGGUGAUGCUUUCACGGGAGGUUUUCUAGCCCAACUUGUACAGUGUCAACCUUAUGAUGUUUGUAUAAAAUGUGGAAUCUGGUGUGCUUCUGAAGUUAUUCAAAGAUCUGGAUGUACUUUCGAAGGAAAGCCUGCAUUUAAACCUUGAGGUAAAUGUUAACACAAAUAACGUGACUUCUAAUCAUAUCAGAAAAGUACAAAAAUUGUUCAAUAAGAAAAAUGUAGAUUGCAUUUUAAU